GCCCGAGCCCGAGGCGUCGGGAGCGGAGCUGGAGCAGCCGAGGCCGCCGCUGGGUCCCCAGCGCCACCGCCCGCGCCGCCCCCCGCGCCUCCGCCGCCCCCGCGCGCCCGCCUGCGGCCGGCCGACAGUGAGCGCCGUGGACGAACGCUGCGGGCCGGGGGGGCAGCGGGCGCCAUGGCCGAGCCGGAGCCGCCGCGGCCGCGCCUGUGCCGCUUGGUGCGCGGCGAGCAGGGCUACGGCUUCCACCUGCACGGCGAGAAGGGCCGCCGCGGGCAGUUCAUCCGGCGCGUGGAGCCCGGCUCUCCCGCCGAGGCGGCCGCGCUGCGCGCCGGGGACCGCUUGGUUGAGGUCAACGGCGUCAACGUGGAGGGCGAGACGCACCACCAGGUGGUGCAGAGGAUCAAGGCUGUGGAGGGGCAGACUCAGCUGUUGGUUGUGGACAAGGAGACAGAUGAGGAGCUCCGCCGGCGGCAGCUGACCUGCACAGAAGAGAUGGCCCAGCGAGGGCUUCCGCCAAUAAAUGAACCCUGGGAGCUGAAACCCGACUGGGCACACGUGGGCAGCCUCAACUCUGACACUGGCCAGAAGGAUGUCAACGGGUCCCCAAGAGAGCCGCGUCCUCGGCUCUGCCACCUGCGAAAGGGACCCCAGGGCUAUGGGUUUAACCUGCACAGUGACAAGUCUCGGCCUGGCCAGUAUAUCCGCUCUGUGGAUCCAGGCUCACCAGCCUCCCAUUCUGGCCUCCGUGCCCAGGACCGGCUCAUCGAGGUGAAUGGGCAGAACGUGGAGGGGCUGCGCCAUGCUGAGGUUGUUGCCAGCAUCAAGGCAAAGGAGGCUGAGGCCCGACUGCUGGUGGUGGACCCUGAGGCUGAUGAGUACUUCAAGCGGCUGCGGAUCACACCCACAGAGGAGCAUGUGGAAGGACCACUGCCAUCACCGGUCACCAACGGGACCAGCCCUGCCCAGCUCAAUGGUGGCUCAGUGUGUUCAUCCCAAAGUGACCUGCCAGGCCCGGAUAAGGAUACUGAGGAUGGUGGCACCUGGAAACGAGAUCCAUUCCAGGAGAGCGGCCUCCACCUGAGCCCAACGGCAGCUGAGGCCAAGGAGAAGGCUCGGGCCACUCGCGUCAACAAGCGGGCGCCUCAGAUGGACUGGAACCGGAAGCGUGAGAUCUUCAGCAACUUCUGAGCCCCUUCCGCUGUCCAGGCCCCUUGGCCCCUCCUGCACGGACCUUGGGGCCAUCCAGAGCUCCCCAAGCCUCAGUGGAUUGUAGGGUGGUCUUACUGCCUCCCAGAAACCAACCUGUGCCCCAGCGAGCCCUACGUCCUGCCCCUACUCACUGGGUGCUGGGGGAGAUGGAGGGAGAGAGAAAGACCCAGAGAAGUGAGAGAUAGACAGAGAAUAUGAGAGAUGGAGGGAGGGGCAGCAUGCGUGACCAGGGCCAAGGGCCUUCGGUGCUCUGUCCCAGGCCUGCUGAGUAAAAGGAAUUUGUGUUUUUGCUUUUUUUCCAAAAAGAUCUCCAGCUCCACACAUGUUUCCACUUAAUACGAGAGCACCCCUCCCCCACCCCCCCUUGGGACACACUCUUAAAUAAUUGCAAUAAAACAAACCUUUCUCUGCAAACCAUUUCCUCCCCACCCCCCCGGCAGCGCCAUCCUGAGUGGAGCCCAGGCUUUCCAGGGGACUGAGAGCUAGAGGCCUCCAGGCUGUGCUCAGGUGGGCUUAGGGAUAUGGCUGGGGAGGCCAGAUGGGCCUCUAGGAGCUGCUGCUCUACUCCAUUCCUGCAUUCUGUGGUGUGGAACGUCCCUGGGCCAGGCCCCAUUUGCACUCUGUCCAACUUCCAUGCUGCCCUCAUCCUGCUGGUGGAUUGGGGUCGGGACCUAGGCUCUCCAAGGGGCUGGAGGAUAAAGGCCCCCUGCACCCAAGAAGGUGGCCUCUGGAUAUGCCCCUUAUCCUGCACCACAGAUCCCAGACCUGGAGAUCGUGGGGUGUAAGCUGCCCCCAGGAAGGACCCUGGGCUUCUGGGCCUGGCCUCUCUGCCUUGCGCCUACCUGGCGCCCACCCCCAUGGACAUCCUGUUAAUUCUGCCCUUUCCUCAGAGCCCCAAACGCCUGAACCAACUGAUCAGCACUGCUGUCUGCAUUGUAAGCCAUAGCGCAUGCGCGCCCUCGGAAUAAACAGGCCUUGCCUUGAACCCUGGCACCCGUGUCUUUUCUGAG